CUUGGAGAGUAUUACAGUUGGGAGGUUCUGAGCUGGAUGCGGUUGAGAGAGGCUGUGGUCAGUGUGAGAUUGACCAAUGUGAUGGGAGUGUGGGAUACGGAGGAAGCCCAGAUGAAAGUGGAGAAACAACACUGGAUGCAAUGAUUAUGGAUGGCAACACUAUGGAAGUUGGGGCAGUUGCAGAUCUCAGACAUGUAAAAAAUGCAAUUGGUGUAGCACGAAAGGUCAUUGAAUACACUAAGCAUACAUUAUUAGUGGGAGAGUCAGCCUCCCUGUUUGCUGUAAGAAUGGGGUUUCCAUAUGAAGACUUAACUACCCAAAAGUCUCUUUUGGUGUAUUCAGAGUGGCUUAAUCAGAGCUGUCAGCCAAAUUACUGGAAGAAUGUGGUACCGGACUCUUCAAAAUCCUGUGGACCAUACAAAAGGCCUGAAAAAGUAACUUGUAAAGAAGAACGGACCAUCUCACAAAGAAGUGUUCAGAAUCAUGAUACUAUUGGUAUGGUUGUAAUUGGUGGGAGUGGAACUGUUGCUUCUGGGACAUCUACUAACGGUGCAGUCCACAAAAUUCCAGGCCGUGUAGGAGAUUCUCCAAUAGCUGGGGCAGGAUCCUAUGCGGAUAGUACAGCUGGAGGAGCUGCAGCCACCGGGGAUGGUGACAUCAUGAUGCGCUUCUUACCCAGUUAUCAAGCUGUGGAGUAUAUGAGAAUGGGAACAGACCCAACAGUAGCCUGCCAGAAAGUUAUUUCCAGAAUCCAGAAGUAUGCUCCAAACUUCUUUGGUGCUGUUAUAUGUGCCAAUACAACUGGAAGUUAUGGUGCUGCAUGUAACAAAAUUCCAGGAUUCACUCAGUUUCACUUCAUGGUUUCUAGCCCUUUGCUAAGUCAGCCAACUGAGCAAGUAGUAGAUUGCAUUUAAUUUCUUUUGUCCUAUUAACAUCU